UACUGGAAUAUUUCGUGUGGAGAGUAUCGGUAUGUUAAACUUUAUUAAAAGUCCUAUGUUCACAAUGCCUGUGUGGAUAUUACGCUCUUCACAAGGGAAGAACCCCUAUUCCACAGGAUUCUACUAUACACUGCUCUACCCGUCACCCGGACCAGAUUGCCCGCGUCGCUAUUAUCACACCGUAACCUUGGUAACAAAUAAAACAGCCAUCUUGUAUGGAGGUUCUCCAAUAACGAAUUGUAGCAAAAAUCCAUGGUGCUUCAAUAUAAACGAACACUUUUGGGUAAAGGCGAACAUCACAUCUGGGAUCGUACCCUCCCUACGUUCACAACAUGUAUCAUUCAGAUAUAAUAGAUCUGCAAUGGUGAUCCAUGGUGGAAGGACCGAUAACUACAUCAACCAUACCCUUGGAGAUUUGUGGAUGUUCGUGAUUACAGACGAAGACCAGUGCAAAGGUCAUUGGUAUGAUCUCACAGGAUACGUUCAGAAAGGACAUCUACCUAUCCAGUAUGGUCAUUCAAUAACACCCACUGAUCAUGGAGUGUUGCUGUUUGGAGGCAGGAUGCCAUCCGAUUCCAAACUAAUACUUGUGGACAUCCGUUCAACAAUCGAAAUAACCGUUCGUGAUAUACCGAUAAUUCCUGAGAUACCGAACCGCUAUAGCCACAGACUGUCAGUUGUAAAGAAUGACCUAAUCCUGACUGGAGGUAGUAUAACUGGUGAGAAGAUGCAUGACCACCUUGCAAAAUGGGCACUACUUAUCAACAUCAAAAACAAUGGUUCUCAAGUAGUGGCUUCAUCGAAUAAGUUCUUCAAAAUCAGAAUUGGGAAUCACUUUGUGCUUGGCAACUUGGUAAUCGGUGUAGCUACAGUAAAAUCGUGUUGGAAAUCCCAAGUUCUUUUUCUCAGUACCUCCAAUCUAUGCCCUGUCGGCCUUGGUCGUGACGAGAAAUCCCAAUGUCAACCAUGCCCAAUCGGAAAAUAUUCUGCAACUCUUCAACAGCAGUGUAUCGAAUGCAACCAGUCCUUAACAACCGUCGGAGAGGCCGCAUCUCACUGUGUUCCUGAGGGACCAUGUAAAGACAACACUUGUAAUGGACAUGGAGAAUGCCUGGUCAACAAGGCAGACUUCAAACACAUCUGUGUGUGUCGUUUCGGAUAUUUACCCAGCGAUGACUGCAAUACACCAGCAGUGUACCUGAUCUUGAUGACUUCUCUCGUUUUCGCAACCACUCUUACCACCCUCGUCAUAGCUCUCAUUCAGUUCCUGAGAAAGAGAAGGGCUCUGAAUGCAAAGGAAAUUGAACUCGUCAAUACCAAUCGUGACCUCUACCGCUCCAACAGAAAGCUCAGUCAAAUCAACCAUGGCACGUGUAUUGCCUGGUCUGAUCUGAAGAUUCAGAGACAACUUGCCGAGGGAAGGUUUUGUAAAGUGUUACUUGCGAAGUUGGGAGAUAUGGCAGUUGUUGUUAAGCGACUUCCACCGUUUGUUUCAACUGCAUCGCCGUACGACUCCUUCAUUCAAGAAGCGGAAGUUUUACGAACAUUAAGCCACCCAAAUAUAGUUCUAUUCCUGGGAGCAGGAAGGGAUUCGCAAUCCAGGUGUUCAUUUCUUGUGAUGGAAUACUUGAAGCGAGGUUCUCUCUGCGAUGUUCUCCAUGAUCCGUUCAACAAGAUUGACCACCCAGAUCGACUGCGAUUCACGCUGCAUGCUGCAAGAGGUGUGAGGUAUCUGCACAACAGAGAUCCACCCAUGAUCCACCGUGACAUCAAGUCAGCCAACAUGCUAGUCAGUGACAAAUGGGUGGUGAAGAUCGCCGACAUGGAAACAGCACGAUUCCUAGCCAUCCUUCAUCCCGACGGUAUUGGGUCAAAUGCCAGGGAAACAGGAUUCGUGCAGGAGAGAGAUCACUCGACCCGCACAGUAUCAGACACAACACACCCUGAUCAACUAACAACUCCAUUAUUGGGCGAUACCAGUGUCACAUCUCAUGUGGAUCACAUUGGUGACGACAGAGCUACAAGAGCAACCGAGGGUAUGACUUCACGUAUUGGAAUGACGUGUGGAGUUGGUACAGAUCGCUGGCGAUCACCUGAAUCCAUCAAGAAGAAUCUGUACACGGAGAAACACGAUGUCUACAGCUUUGGCGUGGUUAUGUGGGAACUCUCAACUCGACAGAUACCUUAUGAACACCUCAGCAACUCUGACGAUAUCCUGGAUGAAAUUGCAGGUGGCACCAAGCCCAUCUUUCCACCAAACAUACCCUAUGGGUAUCGUCACAUCGCUGAGCAGUGUAUCAAGACAGAUCUACAGGAGAGACCGUCAAUGCAGCGCAUUGUCCAAGAGUUGCUUUCACAAAUUGAUCGCAACUGAAGAGCGACGCCACCAUCAUAGUAAGCAAAGCACGCCGCAAUUCACAACGUUCACAGAUUUCCUUUACUUCGGCCAAUGAGAUAUUUCCCAGUGCAUUCUCCGACAACAGCAAACAUUUGAAAUUUAGAAGUAUGCAGUACUACGACCGUACACUUUGCUUCACAUGUACAUAUUUGUCACCUUUCGAACUGCUCAUUAUUCGGGUAACAAGCUGCUCCAGCCAGUGCAUGCAGUACAUUCAGCACUCUGCAGGCCGCUGACUAAAUCCGGCCCAACCCUAUCUCACAAACAUGCACACCAGCUUACAUUAAUGUCACGUACUUAUCAGAUCACACCUGGCCCUUGUCAACAUCUGCCUCAACUACCAUACUCAACUGUCCAUAGCUAAGAUUUUUUAAGAAAUAAUUCGAACACAGUUUAUAGUGCAAACUAACAUACUGUACUUCACGUAUCUUGUGACGAUGUGAAGCAGUUAUGCCAGCCUUAUUACAUGUAUGUUGAGAAUCUCAUGCAAACACACUAGUACAUUCUUCACUUGUAGCUUGUAAAGAAGUAUAAUGUUUAUGACAGCCUGUUAUAUUGAGAAUCUCAUGCGUACACCGCGAGUCAAGAUGCUUCACAAGAUGCUUUCAAAAAUUAUUAUUGUGCUUUCUAACGUGUGUCUGCAUUGUGUGGCAUUGUGCACUGCUGUCAAAAUAUUA